AUGGCAAGCCUGGCCGACCUGGUGCUGGCCCAGGAAGAGCCGGACCUGGAGGACCACACGCUCAACGAGGAGCUGGCCGCUUUGGCCGCGCUCCGGGCGCAGCGAGAGAAGGAGGUCCCACCGAGCCGGGGGCGCUCCACGCCGCGAGCCACACCAAGGGCCCAGGUGCGAGCUGCGGGCGGCGGGGCGCCGACCCCGGCUGAUGCUUUGCUCUCCCGCGCGGAGCAGGCCGGGAACACGGUGGACCGGGAGAUCGAACUCAUGGACCAGGAGCUGCAACGGCAAGUGGCCGAGUUCCGGAAGCAGCAGCGGCGCGAUUCGCAGCCGGGAUGCGAGGAGCCUUCGCCCGAGUCCGCGGAGGCCCCGGCCCCGUGCCCUCCGAGCUUCCUGGAUCCCGAGAACGCCGAGCUUCGCGAGCUCAAGGAUCUUGCGGCCAAGAUGGACGAGGCCUUCCCAGAGGGCGAGGGCGCGGCGCCGCAGCCGCCGGCAGCUGCAGACGGCGAGGCCCCAGAUGCGGACCCGGAGGACACGGAGGUGACGGAGUUCAAGAACCUCCUCGAUCAGCUCGACCUGCGCCUCAGGGCGCUGCAGAGCAAGGAGGUGCUGAAGCUGCCCUUGGACGAGGCCCCGGCCUCCGUGGUUCCCAAAGCCGUCACCGAGACCUUGGAGUCGCUCCGAUCCCAGAACCGCUACCUUCGUGAGCAGCUGGGCUCCGAGCGACGGAAAGGAAGGCUGGACUUGGACCGCCAGCUGCUCGAAAAGUGA